GUCUUUGAAGUAGGACCCAGCUCCUACUGAUUGUCCUCUUUUUCUUCGAUAACGAUAUGGCUGCCGGUGCCUUGUACACUUACCCAGACAACUUUCGGGCCUACAAAAUCCUCAUCGCUGCUGAGUACAGCGGUGCGAAGGUUACUCUUCCAUCCUUCAAGUUUGGCGAGACGAACCAAUCGGCGGAAUUUCUGAAAAAAUUUCCCCUUGGCAAGUGUCCAAUGAUCAACUGCGAGGGAAGACACCCCUGGAAGGAGCAUUAAUCCAACAGUAUGUGAACUUUGCUGACCAAGAAAUCUUGCCUGCUGUUGUCACUUGGGUCUUUCCAACCCUUGGUUUGAUGCAGUUUAACAAACAGGCCACUGAUAAAGCCAUGGGAGAUGUGAAGAAGGCUUUGACAGUACUGAACACUGCUCUCUUAACAAGGACAUUCCUUGUGGGUGAACGUGUAACACUUGCUGACAUUGCAGUUGGUUGCAACCUUCUUAUGCUGUACAAACAGGUGAUGGAGCCAAGCUUCAGAGCACAAUUUGGUAAUGUGAACCGGUGGUUUCUCACCAUUGUGAAUCAGCCUCAGUUCAAGAAGAUCCUUGGUGAAGUGAAACUUUGCGAAACCAUGGCUAAAUUUGAUGGGAAGAAAUUUGCUGAACUCCAUCCAAAGAAAGAUGAGAAGAAGGAUAAGAAAGCCAAAUCACCCAAAGAGGAGAAGCCAAAACAAGAACAGCCCAAGAAAGAAAAGAAGGAAAAACCCAAAAAAGAAGAGGAUGAUGAGGUGGAUGACGUACCAAAGGAACCAAAAUCUAAGGAUCCAUAUGCUGGCCUACCAAAGAGCUCAUUUGACAUGGAUGCUUUUAAACGUGUGUACUCCAACAAAGACACUGUUACUGAGGCCAUCCCAUACUUUUGGGAACAUUUUAACAAGGAAGACUAUUCCAUUUGGUUGGCAGAGUACAUGUAUGAUGAUGAACUGAAGAGAAUCUUUAUGUCCUGUAACUUGGUUGGUGGAAUGUUCCAGCGCUUAGAGAAACUUCGCAAGACAGCAUUUGCCAGUGUAAUUAUAUUUGGAGAGGAUGGAAAUAUCUCUAUUUCGGGCGUUUGGAUCUGCCGCACGCAAAAGCUUGCCUUUGAUCUGAAUGAUGACUGGGCAGUUGACUCUCCAUCAUACAAGUUUACCAAAUUGGAUGCAGAUAAUCCAGAACACAAGAAGCUUGUUAAUGAGUACAUGGCGUGGGAAGGAGAUUUUGGCGGGAAAAAUGUUAACCAGGGAAAGAUCUUUAAAUAGACUGUUACAUUUGUAACAAAAAUUUAAAUGAAUAAAUGAAUUGUCCCAGAGCA